CACCGUAUUUUAGGGCCCGUUUUCCAAAGUGACGGUCGUGUUUAAAAACGCUCCGGUUUGAAGUUAAGUGUUUUUGCAAAUCUGUGAUAUCAACUCACAUAAAACCGCUCACGUACUCGCUAUAGUGUUUAAGUGUGUUUAUAGUUCCAAAAAACUGCUAUGUUAAACAACAUUGGUACCAGGAAUCGUAGUAUAGUGAGGUAUCGUGUGGAUUGGGACACGGCCGAAAAACUCUCGUGCACGCGCUUUCGCCCUCUAGUGGCAGAACAUGGCGUUUGCCAGUCAGCGUGUGGCAAGGUUAAUUAUUAAGCUAACUUCUGCAGCUCAGGGAACAGUGUGACGAGGCGCGUUGCCGAGAUAUGAGCACCUGUUGCGUCUUGAUAUGGAUGAUUUGAGACACGGGGAUGGCAGAGAGGGAAACGACGACGAUGGCGGACACACGGUUUUAUCGGUUGUCCCCUUCAGAGAGGAGGACGCGGCGUUUCUGAAAGUUGACGGUGAUGCGGAGGAGAAUGAGAAGAAUGAGGAGGAGGACGGAGGAACUCGGUUACGAGGCAGUUUCAGACUACUCGAGGGAGGUGAUGGAGGUGCCGAGAUGUCACAGAAAAACUCACGCGACUGGACGGGCUGCUGGUGUGUGAGAAAAGCGCACGAGCACGAGGACGGCACGGAGGCACGCGCAGCUCCGAGCGAGAAGAAAGCGUGCUCUGGCCUGGGCCUCGUCUACACUCUCCUGGCCUCCGUCUUCUUUUCGGUCGCUUCUCUUCUGGUGAAGAAAAUCGACGGUAUUCACGCCGUGGAGAUCAGCGCCAUCCGCUGCUUUUUCCAGAUGCUGUUCGUCCUGCCAGCCAUGAUCUACUACAAAACUGGUUUCCUGGGUCCUCAAGGCAUGCGAGUGUUCCUGUUUCUGCGAGGUUUCCUCGGCUCCAACGCUAUGAUCCUGCUGUACUACGCAGUGCUCCAGAUGCCCCUGGCUGAUGCCACCGUCAUCACGUUCAGCAACCCUGUCUUCACGUCCCUGCUGGCUUGGAUCUUCCUCAAGGAGCGCUGCACCAUAUGGGAUGUCGUAUUCACCGUAUUUACCCUCACUGGAGUCAUCCUGAUAGCGAGGCCGCCCUUCCUCUUCGGGGGUGAGCUCUCUGGCAUUGAGGGUAACUACGGCAACCACAUAAAGGGUGCCGUGGCAGCUUUCUGCAGCGCCAUCGCGGUAGCAUGCACGAUGGUCAUCUUGAGGAAGAUGGGCAAGAAUGUGCAUUACUACCUCGCUGUCUGGUAUUACGCCCUCCUGGGUUUCAUAGAGUGUGUGGUGGUGUUGUUCGUCAUAGACGAGUGGGAGAUACCGUCGUGCGGAUGGGACCGGUGGAACCUGAUGGCCAUCGGGCUCCUGGGUAUCGGCGGCCAGACGUUCCUAACCAAAGCGCUGCAGGUGGAGAAAGCUGGCCCUGUGGCUCUCAUGAGGACCACGGACGUGGUGCUGGCCUUCAUAAUGCAAUUCCUCUUCCUUAAUCACACGCCCACGUGGUGGAGCGUCGGAGGAGCGCUGUGCGUCAUUAGCAGCACCACCGGCGUGGCCAUCAGGAAGUGGUACAACAGCACAAGGCAGAACAGCUGAGAACCAAAAGAAACCUACAGAGUUGACAUUUCAUCAUCCUAGUAUUUAACUCACUUGCACUAAAUGCUAAGUUUGUUAGGUACUCUCAAUACCAUCUCUGGAUAAAGUCCUACUCUGAUAGAGUAGAUUUUUAUUAUUAUUUUUUAUUUUUUUGUAGAUGAGAUAUUAUGCACCAGUUUGUUUGGUAGAUGUUUAUACCAAAGAUCCUGGACUUAACCUUCAUUUAGAAGCUGACUCUACGUUUUCUACGUUACUGUAGAAUCUGCUGCCUGUAAUCAAUUACUUUUAUACAUCUUUAUCAACUAGCUUUCUAUUUACGUAGACUUGGCUAUAUUUAUUUUUUAAAUGAAAGAAAAAUAUCUUAUUAUCUAAUAUAUUUAUUAGAAAUGUAUCACUAUAAGACUGCUGGUCAGAAAAUGGUUCUGAAAGUUGUAAGAGAUUGCAUUUGCACUCAAUCACUGAGGCAUUAUUAUUAUUAUUAUUAAUAAUAAUAAUAAUAAUGUUUAUUUUAAAGUGGUAUGAAACGUCGUGGACAGACCUGCUGUAUUUUUUUGAGUAUAUAUAUAUAUAUAAUAUUCUAUCAUGUAUGACUCAAGCACUUCUCUGGAAAUGAUGAACCUUGACUUAAACUUUGUCCCAGUUUACUCAAGGACAUUUUACCGCACAAACAUUUACAUAUUGACUAAUGCUCGUAUUUAUUCAUUUAUUUAAGCACAUUUUUUGCACAAGACCAACAAGAUGCAGUUUUAUUAAGUGCUAAGAUCACACCGUCUUACCCCUGUUUGACAGUUUGCCCCGAUUUAGAGCACUGUAACCUUAUUUUAUGGAUUUAUUUGGUGUUAGAAGCUUAUCAGAUUUCUGUAAGGUGGAAGCGCUCAGCACUGACAAAGUCAAAGUUAAGUAAAAGCACUCGCCCUAUGGGGAAAAGGAAUCCGUGUUGCCUUAAAAUACAAAACAAAGAAAAAUCAAUAUCUGUUCAAAUCCAUCCAUGAAAUAGUCCAUCCAUUCAUGUUUAUUUAACUUUGACUUGUCACUUUAAAUAAAGUUUUAUGUAGAUUUUCAUAUAUAAA